AUGUUCACCGCAUAUAGUACCGGUCCUGAAGAUGGCUUGCACGGAACUGGUACCGACAAUGUUCGGCGGCGCAGUACAAAUUUCAGACGUCUGAGUCUCACCAGAAGGCGAACUCCCGCUGGCGACCACAAAGAAGACACUGAUUCCACAACAAAUGUCGCAGCAAACCCUUCGUCGCUCUCUAUUUCCCGCCGGCCAUCAUCCCUGUUGAGCGCCUCCAGAAGGAAGCUGCCCUGGCUUGAUGGGAGAAUAUCUUCUGAUAGAGAGGGCCACCAGAGGCAUCGACAUGUCCCAGGCGAAUUCGAGUCGGAUGACGAGACCUCUUGGUCCCCCAUAGACAACAAGGCUCAACCCUCACUGACACGCCCUGAGUCACCUCUACCAAACCCAUCGCUCGAUCUUCAUGUGCCGAACAGGUCUUCAAGCCUGGUGUACACACCGUCAAUAUACAGCACGGAUGCGGUUAGCCGAAAGAGCCUUGACCCUCCUGUCCAGAGCCUGAGGCCACACAGAUCAUACGGAGCUCUGCUCUCCCCGCCUACAGAGCCGACGAAUACAGCACCCGAGACUAGGAACAAAACCCCGUCGCAUCAUGCAAGAAGACCAGAUUCUCUUGUUGGAGGAUCGGCGACAAGCACGCCCAAAUUGCAGCCUCCACUAAUCUUGAAGCAAGUUUCUCCCGUCCCAAUCAUGCCUGAUGAACCGCGAGUGUCAAGCGUAGAGUCAGCCCAACCACUACAGCCGACACCUGCCGAGACUGGCCUUCAAAAAACAAUCAGCGGUACGGAGAACCUCGUACAAAAAGUCAUCGAUGCGGCAAAGGAUGCAGUAGAUCAUCAUAUGUCUAACGGUGUUUCUAAAGUAUUGGAAGGUGCCGCGAGAUCUCUGGAGAAAUCCCCCACGCCGGCGUCAAAAAUGGAGCCUCUGCAAGUGUCUGACUCAUUAGACACCUCUCCCGACGAGACACCUACCGAUCUCGAAACAUCCUUCAGCCCCAAGACCAGUCACUCUCCUCACGCGGCAGCGCUUCCCACACAGUCGUCGGCCGAGGACGCGUAUCCUUUCUACCAACGCAAGUCUGCCGACUCAAUUGUUACUGACUGGGCAUACGUCAAGGCAAAGACGCCGGCCCGCGUCCAAAGCCCUUCCCCGUCUUCAAGCUCGACCUCAACGAGCACAUCGCCCGAUGUCCAACGACAACAGAGUACGCAUUGGAGAGCAUGGCAUAACAACACAAAACGUCCAGUGUACCACGAUGAUCAUCGCUACGUUGACCGCCAUGUGCGCUCGAUCGGGUCACCACCUACCAAGAAAGAAGUCCAUGAUCAUAUCAAGCGCCACGGAAAUCCACCGACACCCUUGAGAGACAGCUCCUUGAGACAUCGAAAUGUUGACAUACCCGCGCACCAACAUUUCCAACGUUUUCGACCCUCUGAUAGCACGCGUCAGGUUCGAGAUCGACGGAAAGAGCGGCGGAGCGGCGAGCCCAGACGCCGCAAGCCUCCACAGCCAUGGGAUGACCUGAAUCCAGAGUCUUCCAAAGGAUUCGAGAUGGGUCAGCCGGCUCGCACCCAUGUGAGCUACCGCGGGGCUGAAGGACUGGAUGUUUUCCAGCGUCAGCGGCGCGAGCCCAUUGCGAGAAACUGGGGUACUUCCAAGAAACGCAUCACGGCUACUGUCGCAUGCAUCAAUACUGCACUGGUGGGGUUUCUGAUUGGGGUCUAUGCUGGUGAGGUACCUCGAAUCCAAUAUGCCAUUGCAGAUCAGGGACACUGGGCCAUUUUGGGAAAUGUGUUCCUUUACCUGGGGCUCGCCAUCUCAACGUUCUUCAGCUGGCCCUUGCCGCUGCUCCACGGCCGCAAACCUUACGUUUUGGGAUCUCUCGCCAUUCUGCUGCCGCUCCAAUUCCCACAGGCACUAGUGGUUGGCACUCCACGCGAUCCAGAGACGCACCUCUACCGAGUGGGACUCCUCCUUCCCCGGGCGAUAUCAGGCCUCGUUCUUGGUUUUGCCCAUGUCAACUUCGUGGCUACACUCCUGGACCUUUUUGGCGCCUCUCUUCAAUCUGCCAACCCUCAUGAAGAGCUGGUCUUUCCAAACGACGCCCGCCGCCACGGCGGAGGGAUGGGACUAUGGCUGGGCAUCUGGGCUUGGUCCUUUCUGGCCAGCAUUGCCGUCGGCUUCAUGGUCGGUGCGGUACUGAUCAACAGCGUAGAUCCAUCUUGGGGCUUCUACAUUGUUGUCAUCCUGAUCGCAUCUGUACUCAUCUUGAACGUGCUCACACCAGAGACGCGCAAGGCGCGCUUCCGGCGUUCGGCCAUCGAACUGAUCGACCCCAACUCCGAGUAUGUGUACCAGCGCAUCGUCCGAGGCGAGGUCAAGCUGCACAUAUCCCCCGACGGACCAGACUGGUGGGGCCAAGAGGUCGCCGCCGGCAUCUGGCUGAGCAUGCAAAUGUUCUUCCAGCUGGGAUUCGGCGUCCUAGCCACGUACAUCGCCUGGAUCUACGCCCAAUUCGUCCUCAUCAUCGUACUCCUCGGCGCCCUCCUCUCCCGCGACUACCGCUGGCACCCGCAACACGUCGGCGCAGGCGUGACAUCCCUCGCCGUCGGCGCGCUCCUCGCCAUCCCCCUCACCAAAGCCGGCCUCCUCUCCCGCGACCGCACCCACGGCCCGCGCACCGACAGCAUGACCUUCCAGCCGCAAAUGACAUGGACGUCGCACAUGACGCGCCGCAUAAUCUUCACGACGUUCCUCCCCCUCGCGGGGCUCGCCUACACGCUCGCCUCCUGCGGCCCAACACGCGGCGCUCCCGCCGCCCUCCCCAUCCUCUUCGCCGCCCUCGCCGGCUUCCUCUCCGCCCUCGCCUGGGCUGAGACGCACGGCCUCGCCAUGGAGGCCUUCGACACGUGCGACCUCCAGCCCGGCGCCAACUCGCGCCACCGCCUCCAGAGCAUGGCCGACGUCGACCGCCGCCGCCGCACCGCCUACUCGGCCUUCCCGCGCGUCACCGCCGCCUUCGCCGCCGCGCACGCCCUCGCUUUCCUGCUGGCCGCCGCCGCGACGGGCGUGGGCGGCGCGCUGACGAGGCGCUUCGGCGCGCAGACGAGCACGGGCGUCGUGGCGGCCGUGUUGGGCGCGCUGACGCUCGCGCUGACGGGCGUGUUGUGGCGCUGGGCGCGGGUGGUGGUUAUUCCGGACGGGGUGUUUGGGGAUCAUGCGAGGGUGCACGUGGGGGGCGGGAAGGGGGAGGGGGAGGAGGGGGAGGUAGGUGGUGGUGGUGGAGAGGAGAGCGCGUGGCGGGCGGCUGUGCAGAGGCAGAGCGGCGGUGCUGCUGGUGGUGCGCGUGCGGACGUCGAUGCGGAGAAGUUUGCUGGAGAGUUUGGGACCAGGCCGGCGGACUGGAAGCCCGUCAUCAUUGGGAACCCGUCGGGGAGGGUGCGGAGGGUCAAUGUGCUGGAGUUGGGGAGGUGGAGUCGGUGGAGCGAGAUUAGGAGGUUGAAUGGGCUGUUGCCGGAGAAGUGA